GAGGGGCACGGCUCACAAAGGGGAAAGAAUGGCAACUAAGAAACCAUGCGCGGAUUUAACAAAAAGGAGCCGAAGUCCCGUCGUGUUGGAGGCAGAGAUGUUCAGCGAAUUUCAGGACUGGUGUCUCCGGACUUACGGGGACUCGGGGAAAACAAAGACCGUCACGCGUCGAAAAUACAACAAAAUUAUGCAGACCCUGCUACAAAACGAGGAGUCCGACGGUGUCUAUGUCGACAACAGCCACAUCAACGCCAAAUUUAAAUUCUGGGUGAAGUCCAAGGGGUUUCAGGUCGGCAGCAACAUAUUGGGCGAGCACAACAAGAAAGAGUCAUCGGGGAAGCCCGUCCUGUACGUCCCUGUCAAGUCUACGUGUUCAGAUGGAGGGGCAACCCAGGACAGUUCUUUGAAGCGAGUCGCUGUGGUGGAAGAUUUUUUUGAUAUCAUCUAUGCCAUGCACGUGGAGAUGGGGGCAGAUCCUGGUAGAGCACCCAAACAUGCCGGCCAAAAGAAGACCUACAAGGCGAUUGCAGAGACCUACGCAUUUCUUCCACGUGAGGCGGUGACCCGUUUCCUGAUGAGUUGUGGAGAAUGCCAAAAAAGGAUGCACAUCAACCCCAGCAUGGCAGAGUUCAAAGAGAACGACCGUCCCACCUCCUUGGUACCAGACCUCAUCGAUUACAAUAUGCCUCUCACUGCCACCUAUCUGAAACAAAUGAAACUACAGUGCAUGACUACCAAUGAUCAGGAUGAGGUUUCAGUAAGCAGUGAGGAUUUGGACAUGGCUGAGCCUGCGUGGGUCUCUACUGAACGUGCUCCAGCCGCAGAGCCAAGCAGCCCCACUGCCCCAUACACGGAGAGGAUGCCUACACCCCCACAGCCCAGCAUUAAACAGGAGGAAGAUGAUUCCUCUUCACAGAAUGGCUGCACAGCUAACAGUCUCCCUGCACUGACUCCGCCUGGUGGUGCUGCCAUGGUGACAGGAGGAGUUCCUGCAUCUGAGGGGGUGGUUCCAUAUGGAGAGGUGAACGGUAAUGGUGCCGCAGCACCUCUGGACUUCAGCACUUCAUCAUCCUCUUCCUCACAAGAGGGACAACAGCCUGUCAACCUGAGUGACAGACUUUUACCCGGAGUGACGCUUGGAUCCUACCCACCUGACUCCAAUAGAAAAUUCCCUGUCAAAACAGAGUACAGUAACAAGUCCCCUCAGUACAGCUCGGGAAGCUAUGACUCGGUGAAGACGGAACUGAGCACGUGCGGGGAGGACAUGACCCCAGGUCGCUCUCAUGUCAUAGACGAUGAUGAUGAUGAUCAUGAUGACCAUGACGACAGUGACAAGAUAAAUGACGCAGAGGGCCUUGACCCUGAAAGACUUAAAGCUUUUAACAUGUUUGUGCGGUUGUUUGUGGAUGAGAAUUUGGACCGAAUGGUUCCGAUCUCAAAGCAGCCCAAAGAGAAAAUCCAGGCCAUCAUUGAGUCAUGCAGCCGCCAGUUCCCAGAGUUCCAAGAACGUGCUCGCAAACGUAUCCGAACCUACCUCAAAUCCUGUCGCCGCAUGAAGAAGGGUGGCUUUGAGACACGGCCCACACACCCCCACCUCACCUCUGCCAUGGCUGAGAACAUUCUUGCAGCUGCAUGUGAGAGUGAAACACGCAAUGCUGCAAAGAGGAUGCGCCUGGACUACCAGGCCCAUGAUGAGUCGGUUACUGCAGAUAAGCUCAACUCCAGAGAUCCGGCUGCCCUGGCUCACUCAGGCUUCUCACUGGCUGCCUCGGCCUACUCCCAGGACCAACUCUACACCAAUGGUGGACUUAAUUACAGUUUCCUGGGAUAUGGGACCCUUGGCAACAGCCUCCAAAACAAUGGCACACCACAAACCAAUGGUCCCACUGAUCUCAGUAUGAAAUCUUUGGCAUCCAACACUUCCACCUCAUCCUCCAGUUCAAAUAGUCAUGGUCAGGGUGGAGGGGGCGGGGGGGCAUCUGCCCAGCUCAGUCCGCCAGAGGUCACGGCUGUUCGGCAGCUGAUUGCAGGCUACCGCGAGUCCGCAGCAUUCCUGCUUCGCUCCGCUGAUGAGCUUGAGAACCUCAUACUGCAGCAGAACUGAGAACUGCACAUGGUCUGGUGUCGCCUGUCUCUCCCGCACACACCCACACAAUGCAGACACACACAUAUAUGCAUACGUACAAUGACAGGAAGGAUACAUGUAGCUACAUGCACUUACACACAUAGACAUCUGAAGCCCAUUCUUUCGGCAAGGCAACCUAUCACACAUUGCUCAUGACAGUUUACAUCCAUGAUAGUGUCUUUAUCAAAUUUCCUUACCCUUGAUUCUGUGUCUAAUAGAGCGGAAUGCUUUUUGGGGGGCUGAAAUGGCUUAUGUUGAGGCUUUAUGAUCAGAAAAUGCAACACAAAACAACAAGUGUCUGUACACACGGCAACAUUAAAAUUGUCUUACAAUCACUCAGUGAGAGCUAUCUUGCAAUCCUCUCUAAAUUAGGGACUGAUGCCCAAACAAAUUUAUGAUGUCAUCUCCAGCCUAAAGUUUACACCAGAUAUCAGAUUCCCGUAGAUUCCUGUGUGUCAAAGAUUUAAUAUUUUUAUCAAUUUGAAUAGUUCUUUUAACAGAUGAGCUAAAACAUACGCACCUCGGUUAUUUAAAGGUGUACUCAGUAAUUGUCCAUCAUUAAUUUACACAUAAAGAAAUGAAUAGAACUUAUGUGUUUAACUGACUCCAGUCAUAUCAGUAUCUUAACAACCUUUUUGCAUGAUGCUGCAACAAAGCCACUGGGUAUCCAGGACUACUGCCAUAUUUAGCCAUUUUAGAUAUAGAACAGAUCUAAGAGAAAGGGUUUUUAAAGAUCUCUUCUAUCUGUUUAAUGCUAAUGAGGUUUGGGCAGAAGGUGCAAUGUAGGUGAAUAUUGUUAUAGUGUGUCAGUGUCUGAAAAUUUAUAAUUUUCAAUCAUAAACUCAUUAACAAAUGUUUGUACAAAUACAGUAUAUAUUCCUUACUCAUAUAUAAGAAUUUUCAUUCAAGCUUACACAUGCACACAGAAAGUCUACUUAUAGAAGCAAUGAUUGGUGAUAACGAAAGAGAUGCUGAAAUUCUAUUGGUUGGGAAUGUUGACCCGCUGGACAUUAUGCAAAUGAAUCUGUGCUGAGUGGAACGCUUCAAAUCCUUUCCUACAUGCACUAUUGCCUAUUCACCCUCAGCACACCAAUGCACUGUAGGAAAACACAUGCACAGGAACACAUGGGUGACAUCGACCUCCCAGACAGGAGGACAGGUCUGUACAUGAACUUGUUCAAAAAAAGUGAGUCUGAGAAAAAAAAAAAAAAAAUAGAAGAAGAACGAAGGACUGCAUUUUCCAUGCUGCAUUGCAUUCCAAAUACGUUCUGUUAAGUUGUGAAUGCUGCUCUUAUUUUCUAACCUCAUGACUGAGACACUUUCAUAUUCUUCACGGGGACCAAUCAAAACAGAGGGACUUAUUAACAUCUUAUUGGCACACAUACUGUAUAUGCAUAGUGAGUUUGAGAGAAAGGAGCUAAUGAUUGACAGGAGGGUAAGGAGGGUAAUCAUUCCUUUUCUGUCAACAACACCAGUGAGCUGUAUUUCGAGAUUUUGGCAGUGGUUGGGUGUACUAAGUGGUUGGGUGUACUAAGAUCAAGGGCAUAGAUUCUAGGGGGGAUAGGAUCUACACCAUGAUACCAUGAUCAAUGGAACAUGUUAAUGCACAUUUUCACCAGCCUCACUCCUUCUGCCUGCAUUUUCUCAUUUUCACAAAUGCCAUCAUUAGAAAAAAAAAAACUGUAUUCAAAAAGCAAAAGACAAUCCUGAACAAUUGUGACUUGAUUCCUCGUAAAACUGCAUAGUGUUGUAUGAGAUCUCACUCUGACACUCUAGCCUUUCGUAGAGUGGUGACAAUACAGGGCCUUCAAGUUUCAAGUCUUGUAGCCAUAGCUUGAACUUUGUCCUCAUUCUGUAACAUGUAUAUGCGGAACAGAGCAUUUUCCUCUUAAUUAUCUGGAUUUGAAAUAUGUUUUCACUGUUAGCGUUGCAUUUUAUUUAUUUUUUAUUUUAAUUGUACAUUAAAUCUCUUUGUUUUUUAUAAGUAGUUUUUCAAAGCUCUUUUUUGUAAUGCACUGACAGUUCGACGUGAAUCAGGUUUGUGAGUCUUAACAUUCCAAAUGUAAAGCAUGCAUCUCAGAUUGGUCUCUGAGUGGCUGAAUUUGAUAUCCAAAUGAAGCAACUUCUGAAGAGAGAGAAAAAAACAACAACUACUAAGUUGUCCCAUGCAACUUAGUUUUAAUAUGUGGCUGGAAGCCUGUUAUUACCUGUUAUUACUCAUUGAAAUAGAUUCCUCGAUGAACAGAUUAAAGGAUAUGUGCAGGAUAAUAAGUGAUUUAUAUUCAGACGUUACACUUAAUAAAAUAAAUUAAUUUACACAUAAAUUAUUACAUUGGUUGAAAACAUAGUAGCACUUUACAAUUUGCAAAGGAAAAAUGUACACUGAAGGGGUCAAAUAUUUAUGGGAUGGAGCCUUAAAACCACCUGAAUGAUCCUAAAUUAUGAAAUGCAGCUAAUUGUUUUCAAACCAUAAUCUGUUUUAAUUUGCUCUGCAUAUGAAUUAUUACUGUAAGUGGAUAUUAGUUUCUUAAGAAUAUAGUAAAAUAGUUCUUAGUUCUCUUUGUCAUUUAUGUUCUUUUUAUGCAUGUCACACAAGUUAAAGGGAAUAGACCCUUUGUGCUCUCUGGACAUCUGAGGUUGAUGAACACAAGACACAAGAAAAGAAAAAGGAAAAUUUGAAGGCAAGUGAAAAUAAAAAAAAUGCUACUUUUUAUUUUUUUAAUUGGUGCAGCUUAAAUCUGCAAUCAGAUGUGGUAACAACCAUUGCCUGUGAUAUAUUUUAAUUUUGUGGUGCUUUGUAAAUUUUUUAUUAUUAUUACUGAUUAUGGUAUUUUAUUUGUUCUUACUCCUGUACUUACAAGAAACUGUAGGCGGAAGCUCAGUCUCUCUUUGUAUUCCAGUGUGAAGCUUUCUUUCUGGUUUUUUGACUCAGUGAAAGUGUGUGAUGUUUACAUGUACAGAAUUUCAGAUUUUUUUGUUGUUGCUUUAAUUUUCGUUGUUGUUGUUGGUUUUGUUUGUCUAAAGCCCCACCUCUUCUCUUGUCCUGACCCCCACUGCAAUUUUUUACUUUAACUAUAAUAAAAUCUAAUUUUGAAGGGAACACUGAGUAUGAUGGUGAACGUAAACCACAGUAAAGGCCUUUGCACAGUUUUGUAUUAUAUUGCAGCCAGGCACUAACAAUAGGCUAUUUAAAAGUGAAUUAAUUCAAGCACAUACUAUUGCUUUAAUCCAUGCAAAUAUGUAUGAUUUUUUUUUCUUUUUUUUUUUUCAGAAAACCAAUGAUAUAAUAGUGUAAAGUGCAACAGUUAUUAGUUACGCUUUUAUUUCAAAAGCACACCUUGCCUUGGCAAUAUUUAUUAUUUUCAACAUCCAAGGCAAAACAUCUGUGUAAGGGCCUUAGACAUGUGGUUGUCACUACUGAUGGUAGAUGCUGAUGAACAGAGAGAGGAGGGACUUUUCAUCAGCUCAAAGUGUACCACAACUGUGGGAGUAAAAUUCCCCCUUAUAAUAGUUUCUCGUUAUUUAUGGCUUCUCUGCUGUGGUAGAGACAAAGAAAAAGGCAAAACUCUUAAUGUCAUGCAAUUUUUAAUUGGGAAUACAGAGUAGGGGCAUAAUGAUUGGGGCGGGGCAAAGAUCCACUUAACUCAUAAACACACUGACAUGUGCCCUUUGACCUCAGUCAGAAGCCUUUCAGUGAGUCUGAAAGCCAUUCCUCUUACAUUGUUUGUGUUUAUGGGGAACAUGCAACCUCAGGAACCCUUAGGAUCUGCGUUACUUUUUUAACCAGGUCUGUACGUCUCGGCUGACGAGUCCUCCCUCUCUCCAUUAUCAACCCAAUUCUAUUGGAUUUGCUAUGUAUGUGUUUUGUUUGUUUGUUUUUUAUAUAUUUAUUGUGAUUUUAAAGUGAAUCUUCUCCAGUACAUGUGGCUGAAUAUUUGAAUUCUUUAGAAAAGUGUUGAUAAAUAUAAAUAUAUAUAUAUGUGUGUGUGUGUGUGUGUGUGUGUGUGUGUGUGUGUGUGUGUGUGUGUGUGUGUGUGUGAAGCAACUAAAAGAUGGAGAAUAUUGCAGGUAAAAUUUAAUUCUGUUUGUUUAAUGUUAAAAAAAAAAGAAAUGGGAAAAAAACUAAAACAAAAAAGCACAGGUGGGUGAUUUUCCUGCCUUUUACAUAUCACUCUGCUGAGAGACUUAGUCUAAGACAUUUUAAAAUGUUCAAUGUGGUGUCAUCGCUGUGGUAAGAGAGAGCACCUGCAACCUGAGUUGCUCUUUCUUCCAGAGCUGUCUGAAUAAAAAUCUGUGAGCUGAAGAC